AUGGCAUUGGCAUUGGGAGUGGGUGCCGGUGUUUUAACAUUGGAAUCUGUCUACGGGUUUUUGUUCUAUAUAAUAGGUUUCACACUCACAAACUUGGUAUUUUACCAGAUCUGUUGCCAAGGGAGGGUCAAAGAGUUCUUCAGAAAGCCACUACAUGAAGUAUUUAUUGAUGGAAUAGCUAGUAAUGUUGCGGGCUUCCUUAUGAUGUGGUGUCUCGUAUUUGCUCUAGUCAAGUGA